UGCAACGCGAUCUUGAAUAUUUUCAUCGAAUCGUAAGCUAUAUUAUUCAAUAUUUCGAAAUGGACAUUUUUCAAAAAAAAGAACCUGAGCGACAAGCACAAGAUGUUUCUCUCAUAGAUGAAUUGCAAGUGAACGAAGAGACGGAUCAAUUUGAUUCGGUUUACGGUAAAAAUCUGCGCUCCCCGAUACUUGGUUAUCAUUAUGAACUUCCCGACUUGCCGACAAGUUAUGUACCGUCCAUCACUUUGGAUACAGCUUUGUUGCACAUCCCUGUGUACACCCAUUUGAAGAUACACGAUUUAAAGCCCGUGAAACGACCGAAAACACCUUCUAUCUUGUCGGCACUGCAUUUGCAAUUUUCGGAAGACGCGCGUAAAUUCUCAAGAGAAGUAUCAUCAAUCGCGCGUGCAAGCGAGGAAGACACAACAUCCGCCUCGUACAGUAUUCGGGAUGAUGUGAAAAUUGAUACAUUGAGAAAAAAUACUUGAAAAUUUAUGUGUGAAGUAUAAAGUUCAUUUCUGUGAAAUAAAGUUUAUUUUUGUGAAUAAACUUUAUAUCUUAUUAAAAUAAAUUUUCAAAUAUCUUUUCUUAAUGUGACAACAGUUUCAAAGAACGAAUGUUUUUUCUG